AUGAUCCACAAAGAUCUAUUGAUAAGUAAUACUGCAGAUGAAUAUCUAAAAGAAUAUACACGUGAUGGGACACAACUUUUGAUUAAUCAAAUAUUUCAAUCAUCAUUGAAUUCUUCAGAAAGUGGUAUAGCUGUAACUUUACCCGAUCCAAUUACUGCUAUUCCCAGGGAAAAACCUAUACCAAAACCCAAACCUUUAACUAGAUGGGAGAAAUUUGCAAAAGCUAAAGGAAUUCAUCAUCGUAAAAAGGAUAAAUUGAUUUUUGAUAAGAAUACUGGUGAAUGGGUUCCAAGAUGGGGUUAUAAAGGAACAAAUCAUGAUGGUGCAGAUGAUUGGUUAAUACCUGUACCUGAUAAUACUGAUCAAUUUGCUAACCGACGUGAAGUCAAGAAACAACGAAUUUCAAAGAAUGAAGCGCGUCAUCCACUCAAAGAAGAAUUACAAAAAACUAUUUUAAUGUCUAAAACAUCGACAGCUAGUAAUGGAAAAUUUGAUAAAGUAUUGGAAGGCGAGCCAAAAAUUAAAGGCGUGAAAAGAAAAUUUGAACCAAAUGUUGGUGACACGAAAAAAGAAAAAGAAACCAAUUUAAAUAUAUUAAAUAAACUAAUUGGAAAAAAUGACUCAGUAUUAAACGUGAGAAAGGCCAUUACAAAAAUAAAUCAAUAA